CAAGCAGGCCGCGGAAAUGGCGUCCUACGCCGCUCUCCUGCACCAGCCGCCGGCCUCGCUGUCCUCGCCCACCUCAAGCCGCGCCGCGUGCUGCCGCCUCCGUCCGCCUCCGCUCCUCCAGCGCCGGACCCUUCCCUCGUCCGCCCGCGCCCGGAUCUCUCCGCGCUGCGCCUACGCCGGCGCCGGAGGGAGUGCCAGCGCCGGUGCCGGAGACUCGCCCGCGACGGCGCUCCGGCGGGUCCUGGAGACGCCGGGUGCGCACCAGGCGCCCGCUUGCUACGACGCGCUCAGCGCCCGCCUCGUCGAGCGCGCCGGGUUCAGGGCCUGCUUCACCAGCGGGUUCUCAAUAUCUGCUGCACGGCUGGGAUUGCCAGAUGUUGGUCUCAUCUCCUAUGGUGAAAUGAUAGAUCAAGGGCGCUUAAUCACUGAAGCAGUAUCGAUACCUGUGGUUGGUGAUGCUGAUAAUGGUUAUGGAAACUGUAUAAAUGUCAAGAGGACAGUGAAAGGAUUUAUCAAUGCUGGUUUUGCUGGAAUUAUUCUUGAAGAUCAGGUGUCACCAAAAGCAUGUGGACAUACACAAGGAAGGAAAGUUGUUUCCAGAGAGGAAGCAAUUCUGCAUAUAAAAGCCGCUGUAGAUGCCAGGAAGGAGAGUGGCUCUGACAUUGUUAUUGUGGCAAGGACAGAUUCUCGGCAAGCUUUGUCUCUUGAUGAAGCAUUGUGGAGAGCACGUGCUUUUGCUGAUGCUGGAGCAGAUGUUCUAUUUAUUGACGCCCUUGCUUCAAGGGAAGAGAUGAAGGCGUUUUGUGCGAUUUCACCUGGAGUUCCAAAAAUGGCCAACAUGUUAGAAGGUGGUGGUAAAACUCCUAUACUGAGCCCUCUUGAACUUGAAGAAAUUGGUUACAAAAUCGUAGCCUACCCGUUAUCUCUAAUUGGAGUAUCAAUGCGUGCAAUGGAGGACGCUCUGGUUGCUAUAAAAGGCGGUCGCAUACCUCCUCCAGGUAGUUUGCCAUCAUUCGAGGAGAUCAAGGAUACACUGGGAUUUAACCACUAUUAUGAAGAGGAAAAGCGAUAUGUUGCAACACCAGCUCAAUCAUCUUACGGGAGUGGCUUUUAUGAUUAUACAAGUGAAGCAAGCAGUUCCGGAGACGCCAAGUCCAGUACCGAGAAAUCAGAAGAACCUAUUAUUGACAUACUACCUCAGCUCUAUGAUCUUGGUUCCACUGGAGCCAGAGGUCCUUCAAGCGGGAUGUGGGCCCGCACGCUUCGGUUGAAGAUUACAGGAAGAGACGGCGUCCAGAAAAUUGAUGCAAGGAUACCUGCUGGAUUCUUAGAAGGGAUGACAAAAGUUAUUCCAGGCCUGGCUGGAGCUAAUAUCAUGGAAAGGCUUCGUAAUGCUCCUAUAGAUUCAGACAACCCCCAGAACGGCCAGAUACUGCUCGAUUUUGAGGAUGGUAUGGGAGACAGGAUCCAGGUGUUCAUUGCGUGAGCUUUGUGUUACCCAGAUAUGCAGUGAGCAAGUAAAAUUUCAUUGAGACGUAGAAGCGGGUGGUUCCUAGGCCCUCGUCCCCACCUCCAGUUUGUUGAGCAUGAUGCUUCGUUUCUUAGUGCAAUGUAUAGCUUUCGGAGCAUCCGAGCAUUGCGUCUGGGAUUAGUCUCCAUUUGGCCCUUGCAUGUGUAACAAAUGGGGAAGCUAAAUUCAAAUAAGAUAACUAUUGCAGUA